AUGGCACCCACCACCCACUGUCGUGCCUACAGAGGCUCGUCUGUGAUGCAGGCGACAGCCACGGAUUCGGACGACUUUACCACCGCUAACGGCAUGGUGCGCUACCGCAUCCUCUCGCAGACCCCCCACAGCCCCAUCCCCAACAUGUUCACCAUCAACAGUGAGACUGGAGACAUAGUAACCGUGGCAGCCGGCCUGGACAGAGAGAAAGUGUCCCAGUACACCAUCAUCGUCCAGGCCACUGACAUGGAGGGCAACCUAAACUUUGGGCUGUCAAACACAGCCACCGCUCUCAUCAGCAUCACCGACAUCAACGACAAUCCUCCAGAGCUGACAGUCAGAACGUUUUCAGGUGAGGUGCAGGAGGUGCAGAGGGGAGGGUUAAACAGUGCCCCGACCGGGAGGUAUCGGGCGCUCGGAGCCUGGUACAGAGGGGUCACCCCCCCGCCGCCCCCCGCCAACCACCCAACCCGAGAGAGCCAGACAGACGAGGAGUCGAGAGGAGAGCAGAGCAGAGGCGACUGUGAUAAUUGA